GUUGGCAAGAUGGCGCCGGUGUUGGCUGAGAAGAAGCUGCUGGAGCCGGACGGGCCUUUGGCUGCAGACCUCCCCAGCGAGGAGGAGGAAGGCCAGAGCCUCUGGUUAUCAAUAUUGAGUGAAGUCUCCACCCGCUCCAGGUCUAAAUUACCAUCAGGCAAAAAUAUUCUUGUCUUUGGUGAUGAUGGCUCUGGUAAAACAACCCUGUUGACUAAAAUCCAAGGAAUAGAGCAUGGCAAGAAAGGAAGAGGGCUGGAAUACCUAUAUCUAAAUGUCCAUGAUGAAGAUAGAGAUGAUCAGACCCGCUGUAACGUUUGGAUUCUCGAUGGCGAUUUGUAUCACAAAGGUCUCUUGAAGUUUGCCGUGACAGCAGAAUCGUUGCAGGAGACUCUCGUAAUCUUUGUGGCAGAUAUGUCUAGGCCAUGGACUAUUCUGGAAUCCUUACAAAAAUGGGCAAGCGUCUUGCGGGAACAUAUUGAUAAACUGAAAAUCCCCCCGGAAGAAAUGAGAAACAUGGAGCAACAAUUUGUGAAGAUUUUUCAAGAAUAUGUAGAACCGGAAGGAGGUUAUCAGGGAUCCCCACAAAGAAGAGGUCCAUCAGGCCAAGAUGAAGAGAAUAUUGCUCUACCUCUCGGAGAGAAUGUGCUGACUCACAAUCUUGGGAUCCCUGUGGUGGUAGUUUGCACAAAGUGUGACGCAAUGAGUGUGUUAGAAAAAGAGCACGACUACAGGGAAGAACACUUUGAUUUCAUUCAGUCGCACAUUCGUAGGUUCUGCUUGCAGUAUGGAGCGGCCUUGAUCUAUACAUCCGUUAAGGAGGAGAAGAACCUUGAAUUGUUAUAUAAGUACAUUGUACAUAAAAAAUACGGCUUUCACUUUGCAAACCCUGCCUUAGUGGUAGAAAAGGACGCAGUUUUUAUGUAAGUUGCAGGGCAAGAGGCUUCUUUAAGUGAAACACAACAUUUUUCUGGCUUGGUGGUGCAGGGGAGAAAAACCUAACUAAAAGAUGCAAAUAUCUGUCCUCUCUAAUAGAAGUCCAUCUUGAGUAAUAUUCUCUGGAAUUCAUCCUAUAGUAAUCCUAUAAUAAUUUGAAGAGCAUCAGUUUGGGAAAGAUAUGUAGUUUUCAUGCUCUGUGUAGACUUAAGUAACUUCUUGGGAUUAAUCUUUUCUGGUUAGCAUUUCAUCUUCAUGACUUUGGCUUUUUUUGAGAAAUGUACUUAGUCUCUGAAUGCUCUUUUCUUGCUACAUUCCAGAAUUUCCCUUGAAAAUCCUGUUGCAUUUCAAAGGAGGGUAGUGCGACACCCUGUCCCCCAAUAAUGGCAAUAAGCACUGAAAUUUGAUUCAUUCAUUUUAAUCCUAAAAUAGAACUUUGUAGUUCCCAAAAUCUGUGAAUGAAAUUAUUACACGUGUAAUAAUUUCAUCUACUGCAGCCCUCCUCCUCCUCCUCCUCCCUGUCCAUCA